ACUAUAAAAAAAAGACAGAGCAGCAACAGCUUUACAAGCGAGAAGAGAAGGGAAGAAGAAAACAAAACACCGACUUUACUUAGGGGGAGAGAGAGAGAUAGCCGAGAUCCAUCCGUGAAUCGUUGAUUUCAUCUCUAGUCCGAGGUUCGAUGACUUCCCGUAGAAGAACUCUCCUCAAAGUCAUCAUCCUCGGCGAUAGCGGGGUGGGGAAGACCUCUUUGAUGAAUCAAUAUGUUAAUAAGAAGUUUAGCAACCAGUACAAGGCGACCAUUGGUGCCGAUUUCUUGACUAAGGAAGUACACUUUGAAGACCGCCUUUUCACUUUACAGAUAUGGGACACGGCUGGUCAAGAAAGGUUCCAGAGCCUUGGGGUAGCUUUUUAUCGCGGUGCUGAUUGCUGUGUACUUGUCUAUGAUGUCAACUCCGCCAAAUCAUUUGAGGAUCUCAAUAACUGGAGGGAAGAGUUUCUGAUUCAGGCGAGUCCAUCUGAUCCGGAGAACUUCCCCUUUGUUGUCAUCGGUAACAAAAUCGAUGUAGAUGGUGGAAACAGCCGUGUGGUUUCAGAGAAGAAGGCUCGAGCUUGGUGUGCUUCAAAAGGAAACAUCCCAUACUAUGAAACUUCUGCUAAAGAAGGCACCAAUGUUGAAGACGCAUUCAUGUGUAUUACCAAGAAUGCAAUGAAGAGUGGAGAAGAGGAUGAAAUGUACUUGCCGGACACAAUCGAUGUCGGAACCAGCAAUCCACAGAGGUCAGCAGGAUGUGAAUGCUAAAAGGAUUCUUUUGCCUUUGCUCUCUGACCACCCAGUUUAUCCCAUUCUCCGAGGUUUUUUACCUUCUUGUAAAGCUGUUGUUCUGUGGUAAAUUAUUGAAAAUAAAAAAAUAAACCCAUAACGUUGUUUACCGUUGUUGUUGUCGUCUAUCACAUUUAUGAAAAGACUCAAUGGUCUCGUACUUUCGUUA